UGAUCAGGGUUGGAACUGAACUGUUUUCCUUGGAUCUUUAAAACCCCAUUUUACAGAGGUUGAUUUUGCAGCAACACUUAUUCGUUUUAGUUUUGUGCGCUUUGCUGUCUGUUUAUCCUGACGCAUCAAUUCAGUGCAUUUUCCAGCAGAGAUCGCAGGCUGGGACGAUGACGGCUCGAGUGUGUUUCUCGUUGACUGCUGUUUUUUUGUGUCUGUUCGGAUACUUGAGCAUAACUCAUGCUAUUCAAAGACGAACCACAGUGGACGGUUUCUGUCCGGCGAGGCUGACGGUCGUGCCGUCCCAUCGAGGGUGUUCCUCUGAUGAAGACUGCCCUGGAGGGCACAAAUGCUGUCGAUUUGACUGUGGGCCUGUUUGCGUGCUGCCCGUUUUCAUGAAGCCGGGUCAGUGUCCCAUACCGGAAAUGAUUCCACUGUGUGCUAAAAGCUGUUUCCAUGAUGGCCAGUGUCCUGACACACAGAAAUGUUGCCCAACCACCGGUGGCUUUGCAUGCAGUGAACCACGUGGUCAGGAAAGAGGUCAGGCAAGUUGUCAAGGAAGCGGCUCUGGUCAGGGCGCCGGACAGGGAAGCGGUUAUGGCCAGGGCGCCGGAGCGGGACAGGGAAGCGGUUAUGGCCAGGGCGCCGGAGCGGGACAGGGUAGCGGCAUUGGUUUGGGCCAGGGAAGCGGUUAUGGCCAGGGAAGUGGCCAGGGAAGCGGUUAUGGCCAGGGUGCAGGAGCGGGACAGGGAAGCGGCAUUGGUUCGGGACAGGGAAGCGGUUAUGGCCAGGGAAGUGGCCAGGGAAGCGGUUAUGGCCAGGGUGCAGGAGCGGGACAGGGAAGCGGUUAUGGCCAGGGCGCCGGAGCGGGACAGGGUAGCGGCAUUGGUUUGGGACAGGGAAGCGGUUAUGGCCAGGGAAGUGGCCAGGGAAGCGGUUAUGGCCAGGGCGCCGGAGCGGGACAGGGAAGCGGCAUUGGUUCGGGACAGGGAAGCGGUUAUGGCCAGGGCGCCGGAGCGGGACAGGGAAGCGGUUAUGGCCAGGGUGCCGGAGCGGGACAGGGAAGCGGUUAUGGCCAGGGCGCCGGAGCGGGACAGGGAAGCGGUUAUGGCCAGGGAAGUGGACAGGGAAGCGGUUAUGGCCAGGGAAGUGGCCAGGGAAGCGGUUAUGGCCAGGGAAGUGGCCAGGGAAGCGGUUAUGGCCAGGGAAGUGGCCAGGGAAGCGGUUCUGGCCAGGGUGCAGGAGCGGGACAGGGAAGCGGUUAUGGCCAGGGCGCCGGAGCGGGACAGGGAAGCGGAGCUGGUCAGGGAAGUGGCCAGGGAAGCGGUUAUGGCCAGGGCGCCGGAGCGGGACAGGGAAGCGGUUAUGGCCAGGGAAGUGGCCAGGGAAGCGGUUAUGGCCAGGGUGCAGGAGCGGGACAGGGAAGCGGUUAUGGUCAGGGUGCAGGAGCGGGACAGGGAAGCGGUUAUGGUCAGGGCGCCGGAGCGGGACAGGGAAGCGGUUAUGGCCAGGGCGCCGGAGCGGGACAGGGAAGCGAAUAUGGCCAGGGCGCCGGAGCGGGACAGGGAAGCGGUUAUGGCCAGGGCGCCGGAGCGGGACAGGGAAGCGGCGCUGGACAGGGAAGCGGCGCUGGACAGGGAAGCGGAGCUGGACAGGGAAGCGGAGCUGGACAGGGAAGUGGCCAGGGCGCUGGAGCUGGUCAGGGAAGCGGGGCUGGUCAGGGCGCUGGAGCUGGUCAGGGAAGCGGAGCUGGACAGGGAAGCGGUCAGGGCGCUGGAGCUGGACAGGGAAGCGGUCAGGGCGCUGGAGCUGGACAGGGAAGCGGUCAGGGCGCUGGAGCUGGACAGGGAAGCGGAGCUGGACAGGGAAGUGGUCAGGGUGCUGGAGCUGGACAGGGAAGUGGUCAGGGCGCUGGAGCUGGACAGGGAAGCGGAGCUGGACAGGGAAGUGGUCAGGGUGCUGGAGCUGGACAGGGAAGCGGAGCUGGACAGGGAAGUGGUCAGGGCGCUGGAGCUGGACAGGGAAGCGGAGCUGGACAGGGAAGUGGUCAGGGCGCUGGAGCUGGUCAGGGAAGCGGAGCUGGACAGGGAAGUGGCCAGGCAAGCGGAGCUGGACAGGGAAGCGGAGCUGGACAGGGAAGUGGCCAGGGCGCUGGAGCUGGUCAGGGAAGCGGGGCUGGUCAGGGCGCUGGAGCUGGUCAGGGAAGCGGGGCUGGUCAGGGCGCUGGAGCUGGUCAGGGAAGCGGGGCUGGACAGGGAAGCAGUCAGGGCGCUGGAGCUGGACAGGGAAGCGGCCAGGGCGCUGGAGCUGGACAGGGAAGCGGAGCUGGACAGGGAAGCGGCCAGGGCGCUGGAGCUGGACAGGGCGCUGGAGCUGGUCAGGGCGCUGGAACUGGUCAGGGAAGUGGACAGGGAAGCGGAGCAGGUCAGGGCGCUGGAGCUGGCCAGGGAAGCGGAGCUGGUCAGGGCGCUGGAGCUGGUCAGGGAAGUGGAAAGGGAAGCGGAGCUGGACAGGGAAGUGGCCAGGGAGGGCAAAUCAUCACUGCCUGUAGCUCGUUUGUGAGCAUGCCUGAAGACCAAGAGGAUUUAAGGGCAAUGUACACCCCUGCCUGA